AUGACUUAUAUGGAGAAGCUGCAGGCAUGCACUGUCACUGAGUGCUCGCUGCUGUCAGCAGGACAGAGAGUGGUGAUCUGUGGUACAGCGAACCUGGACGAGGGGGAGCAUGUGGUGGGUGGUGCAGGGCAAGAGGAUGGGGGGAUAGAGGAGACAGGGGUGGAAGAAGGGGGGAGUGAAGAGGAGGAGGGAGAAGGAAGCGAAGCGGAGGAGAGUGAAGGGCAGGGGAGUGGGGAAGACGGGGAGGACGUUGAGUGA